CUCUUCACUCCCUAAACAAAGCUAAAAGCAUUUCAAACUUCCCAUAAACCAACUAAAAUUAACUAACUGAUCCGAUCAUAAAAAGUUCAUAUCCCAUGGAGAAGCAGAAUUUGAUGAGCUCUACCUUCACACUGUGCUUGGGAUUUUCAGCAAUCCUCAAUCUUCUGUUCUUUGCUUUCUUGCUCAAUUCAUCAAAUCACUCUUCCAAUCAGUUGAGUUGGAGUAGAAAAGCAGCUCAAGAAGCUGAAGGGGUUUCAUCUCUUUCUUGUUCUGGCCAUGGAUCAGCCCAUUUGGAUGGAUUGAUCUCAGAUGGUGGCAAACCAGUGUGUGAAUGCAAUGCCUGCUACACUGGCCCUGAUUGCUCUCAAUUCAUCCCGGAUUGCGUUGUAGAUGCCGACAGCGGAAACCCGCUUUUCUUGGAGCCCUUUUGGAGGAAGAAUGCGGCGAAAAGCACCGUAGUGAUGUCCGGAUGGCAUCGAAUGGGAUACGAAUUCGAGGAUGGUUCACUCAUUUCUAAGCAAUUGGAGAAGCAAAUUCGCAGGUUACACAAAACUGUUGGAAAUGCAGUUACCGAAGGAAGAUACAUUGUGUUUGGAGCUGGAUCUACUCAGCUUUUGAAUGCCGCAGUCCAUGCUCUCUCUUCUACGACGGGGUCAUCUUCUCCAGCGAAGGUUGUGGCAUCUGCGCCUUACUACCCGGUUUACAAAUCGCAGACAGAACUUUUCGAAUCAUCCAAGUUCAAGUUCAAUGGCGAGGCCGCGAGUUGGAUCAACAAUUCCAUUAGUACUACUGCUUCCUCUAACAACUUCAUUGAGUUUGUUACAUCACCAAAUAACCCGGAUGGUCAAUUAAAUAAGGCUGUCCUAAAGGGUGAUAAUGCCAAGCAAAUCUUUGAUCUCGCUUACUACUGGCCGCAUUACACUGCCAUUCCAUCUCCAAUGGACGAAGACCUCAUGAUUUUUACACUCUCCAAGCUUACUGGCCAUGCUGGAAGUCGGUUUGGGUGGGCAAUCAUCAAAGAUAAGGAUGUUUACCAAAGAAUGGUGGACUACAUGGAUUUGAAUACAUACGGAGUUGCAAGAGAAACUCAGUUGAGGACUCUGAAACUUCUGGAUGUUGUAUUGGAAGAAAACGGAAGAAAAAUGUUCGAUUUUGGAUACGAGGAGAUGAGUUUCCGUUGGGAGAAGUUGAGCAAGAUUCUUUCCAGUUCCAAGAGGUUCUCCCUUCAAGAACUCACUCCACAACAGUGUACAUUUUCAAAUGAAGUCCGAGCUCCAACUCCUGCUUUUGCGUGGAUUCGAUGCGAAAAUGACGAAGAUGAGGAUUGUCAUGCCGUGCUAAAGGAAGCCAAGAUCAUCGGCCGAGCCGGGCACGUAUUCGGUGCACAAAGUCGCUAUGUUCGUCUUAGCUUAGUGAACAGUCAAGACGAUUUCAAUCUAUUGCAACAUCGGCUUGAGAUGUUGGUUUUCAAGGAGAAAAUGGCGAAUCUAAUGGCUGGAGUCAGUCUUGGAGCAGACAGUACGAUAAAGAAAUACAAUUUAUCCCAGCCAUUGAAUACUACAACUGUGAGGGAUGGAAACAUUGAUCACCAUUCCAUUGAGGAAUCAGAAGAGAGCUCCGCAGGCUUAAUGCAUUCUACUCUGAAUAUUUUGAAGAUUUUGUUCUAGGGUCAUCCAAUAGUUAUUAGACUUGUGAAUAUCAUUUUUUGUAGAAUUAGGAAGUCUAGAGACAUAUUCAUUUAUUCUUUAACAAACUUAGGUAACAUUACACUUUGUAUACAAAUAUUUAGAUGACAAAAACCACUCGUUUCUUGACAAAAUAUCACCAAAUGCAAUGGUAAAUUGACAGAUGAUGGACUCAACAACCAAAUGCAUUUCUAGUUCUUCCUCUUGGUCAAUUUCUGGACCAAAAUCCUCAUCUUCAAGGUCUGAAAGAUAGUAAGAGUUGCAAGGAUUAAACUUCUGGAUACCAAAUUAACCAAUUACCC